GUUGCCUACGAGGAGUGCGUUUGAUUGUUGCAGGGCUCAAUGGCGGACGUAGCAGAGUAGUCGCGGACAUCACCGAGGACAAUAACAUCUCCACCGUGUUAAUUCCGUGUCGACGUCCCGUGCCGUGGUGUGCACGGCUCGAUUUGCAGUUUGCGGUGUAUUUAGCGGUACAUUUAGUGGCCGCCAUCGGCUAUUUCCCCCUCCCCUGCUCGUCUUUUCGCACUUUCGAGUUCGCAUCCGAGCGAGGAAGUUCAUGCUGGCUCGAUAGAGGCAGCUGGUUUGCGGGCAAAACAUGGGGGAGUCUCUUGAAUUGAUCGGGAAGCGGCUACUCUUGCUGCUCGGCGACGGCGGGACUGCCAACGGAUCCGAGUCGGAGCAGACGCCGCGAGCACGGGACUGGCUGCGGGGGACGGUGCGGGCGGUGAGCGUCAUCGGCCUGGCCGCCCCGGAGGCUAGCGGAGGAGAGGCGAUAACAACAACUCCUGCUGCGGGACUUACGGUGUUUGUGGAGUUUGAGAAUGCGUCGCAGCGGUGUUCGUGGGUGCAGGUGUACGACGAUGCCGUGAAGGCUCUGUUGGUGGAAGAUUCCAUUGUUUGGGCCAGUCGGAGCGCCGCUACUGCGUCUUCCGGGUCAGCCACAGCCUGGCCUGCUCUGGCUUUCCACUCAAUAGUGGAUAGAGUGGGUUUGGGAACUGUGCUUCCAGUUCAGUAUUUUGGAAGCAACAGUCUCGAGUUCCUUCCUGAUAAAAAAUCUAUCCACAGGUUUGAGCUUGAAAAAGACAUAAGGCAUCCACUGAUGUUGGAGCAGCCCUCUGUACAGACUGCCAUUUCCAGCUGGCGAAGCGAUUUUGAAUUGCAGGAGAUUCUCAGGAAGGGUUCGUACACUAUUCAAGGACGAAGGGUUUGUGUGUACCAGCCAGAGCUUGAAGAAUGCUGGGCCCUGGGACUUGUCUCACAACAUGACCUGAUCUCACACAUAAUGGAGAUUAUGUUGGAUAAGAAUAAAGAAAAGCAGCUGGUGGACCCCCGCGUUAUACAUGUCAUGCUGGGGGACGAAGAGCUUGGUAAGAAUGGCCGGCGAAAGAUGGACAGUGAAACAUUGAAGGGUGACAACAGUCGCAGACGCAGAACCGCCUCUGAGGAGGAGGACAUGAACUUGAAGCGUUUCAAAGGAGCAGUAGAGUUGGGAGCCGAGGAGCCGAGAUGUGAUGAUUCUAACAAAAACGUGACUGAAGGGACAGACGUGUGGAGAGGAGACUCUGGUGAAAGAGUCAGCAGCACAACCAAAAAUGGCGGCACCUCCGAGGGAAACUUUCUUCAGAGCAAAGUGUCAUUCCCCGCUAAUUCCUCUGUCCAGAUGGAUCAGUCAAAUGUCAACCCGACACGUUAUUACACCCAUGUGAAAGAAAAUGGGCGGAUGCUCGCCACACAAGGGGCGGCAGACUCAACCACCUCAGUUUCUCAUACCCCUACGCCGCCUCCGCUCAAACCGGCACCCUCUCCCUUCUCUGCCACAUCUUUCCCCUCUUUGGGCCAGAUGCCAAGCCUGGUCCCCGGAGCCCCAGUCCAUAAGGCUUCUCCAUCGCAACAACCUGUCAGAGAAGAUUCUUCCAAAUCCUUUUCCAAAACCGCAGCUCUUGUUUCCCCUGGGCCUGUCACCAUUUCUUGGUCUUCGCCCGACAGCAGCCCAAGUGUAGCGCUGUCUGCCUCCGGAGGCUUUACUUCCAAGGCUCCUACUUGGGGAAGCCAGACGGAGGCAUCUAAGACUGCAUCGGGUUAUCGCCUCCCAUCAGCUGUGGCCGCUGCUCCUGUUUUUGGAGAGGUUACCUCACAGACAAAUGGAGCUGCGACUGCUUCUGCAACCUCACUGGACACUUCUCGACCCUUUGGAUUUGGGUUUGGUAGAGAUAAAAGUGAGACUCAAUCCAAGCAAGACCAAAACCUCUUUUUCCAGUGCAUGACAAAAAGUCCAGACUCCAGCCCCGGCCUAUCAGGCGCUCCAAGCCAGUCCAAGGACACUAACUACUUUGCUGCGGUGUCAGAAACUCAUAAUAAGGAACCCCCAAGCCUUUUCAAGUCUGCUACAGAAGGGGUGAAAAAGCCGGAGCAGACCAAACCACUUGACAUUCAUCCAACAGGAAAUGGUGUGCUGAGCAACUCUUCACCAGCCUUUCCAGUCAUGGGAAGCCCUUCUGCUGGCCGGGCCUCUGCCAGUGGCAGUUCUGCAACAGCAUCUGGACUACAAAACCUCUUAAAGAGUUCUAAUAAUGGUACAUUGACAGGGGCUGUGGUGAUGCCCUCUAAUGUUAAUCCUCCAGAGAACCAUCAGAACCUCUUUCUGCAGGGCCCUAAAGAGCCAGCUAAUCCAUUUUUGGCCUAUGGGGACCAAAACGUACACACGCCAUUUGCUGGACUCUCCCGGGUUGAGUGUGUCACAGACAACAAGCCCAAUCUUUUCACGAUGGCAGAGCCACCCAAGGGUAUUCUAUCCUCCCCUUUCGCGGCACUCUCAUCUACCGCUUCACCCAGCACUUCAGUCUCUCCAGCACCAACCACGACCCAGAGGGCACAGAAUGAAGCCACUCUGGUACAAGACGAACAGGUAGUCGGGGAGAUGCAGUCCUCCACUUCGGGCAGCUCUAUUUUUGGCACUGCUGGCCCUGCCAGAGCUGGAAGCUCUGUUUUCGGAUCGACUGGUCCCGUCAGAAUUGAUCAACUGCCUGUGUCUUUUGACCCAAACCUGACGCAGAAGUUUGCCAUGGAGGAAAGAGCACAAUCAACAAAACGUGACUCUGACCUCAGUAGUAACAGCGACCUGUCAGACCUGAGUGAGAAUGAGGAGGGUCCAGACAAAGGCCAAGCGCAUGGAGAAUCAUCACAGUCUGGAAAGGAUGGAGCCAUGCUGCAAAAAACUAAAAUCCAAGGCGCCUCUAAAAGCCGUCCUCGAAAUAAGCCUUUCAAAGUGGGCCAGUCUGUACUGAAAGACCAGAGCAAAGUGCGGCGUCUUAAGCAGUCUGGCGAGUCCUUUCUCCAAGAUGGCUCGUGUAUCAACGUGGCCCCUCACUUGCACAAGUGUCGCGAGUGUCGCUUGGAGCGCUACCGGAAAUCUCGCAUCGCAGAUGACGAUAGCGAGGAUGACGACGAUCCAAAUGUGGCUUGUCGUUUCUUCCAUUUCCGAAGGUUGGCUUUCACUCGCAAGGGUAUAUUGCGUGUUGAAGGUUUCCUAAGCCCCCAGCAGAGCGACUCAAUGGCAAUGGGACUGUGGCUCCCUGCUCCCACUGUGCAAGAGGGGCUCGACCUUGAUACAUCCAAGUAUAUCCUGGCCAAUGUGGGUGACCAGUUCUGCCAGCUGGUCAUGUCUGAGAAGGAGGCUAUGAUGAUGGUGGAACCUCAUCAGAAAGUAGCCUGGAAACGUGCCGUGCGAGGCGUCAGGGAAAUGUGUGACGUUUGUGAGACCACUUUGUUCAACAUCCACUGGGUGUGUCGCAAAUGUGGCUUUGGCGUGUGUCUGGACUGCUAUCGGCUUCGCAAGAACAGACCAAGAGAAGAUUCAGAAGAUGGUCCAGUGGAUGAUGUUUUCUCUUGGUUGAAGUGUGCAAAGGGCCAACCUCACGAGCCAGAGAACCUCAUGCCGACACAGAUUAUCCCCGGGACAGCUCUUUACAACAUAGGUGACAUGGUGCACUUAGCAAGAGGCAAGUGGGGUAUUAAAGCCAACUGCCCGUGUGCAAGUCGGCAUACAAAGUCCUUAGUUCGCCAUAGUGCCCCCAAUGGGAUUUCACAGACACCGCCAAACAGCGGUGGUAUCCCUGGAGCUACGGCCAUCGCUGUUGGCACAACUCCAAAGUCGGAAAGCGAAACAGCAACGAUCAAAACUGAAAUUACGCAAACAGCAGUAUCGUCCGGUGGCGGGAUGGUGGAAAGUGUGGGCAGUACUAGCAAUUCCACUGGUGGUACGUUAUCUCUCAGUAACCUCGCACAGUCCUCCGUUAAGGAGUCGCGCCCAUCAGGAGAGGGCAACAGCUCUGCUCUGCACUGGCUCGCAGAUUUAGCCACACAAAAAUCCAAGGAUGACACAAAAGAUUCUGGUUCACUUCGCGCCAUUAUGAAUCGGGAAAGUCGACCUCCUUUUGGCCUGGACUCACUCAGUUCCCUGUCAAGGCCUUCAGCUUCCAGCCCCAAGCUCUUUAACAGCCUUUUACUGGGCUCCAGCGUGACGCAGUCCAAACCUGAAGGGUCGAGUCUUCGGGACCUGCUCAACUCUGGACCCGGCAAACUUUCCCAAGGACAUGGAGAGAGUGCAGUACCAUUCCCAUCCGUCUUUACCUCUGGAGGCAGUGAUAAGCUGAAGAGCAGCCUUCCCAACUUCUUGGACCACAUCAUUGCCUCAGUUGUGGAGACCAAGAAAGCAGAAGGCCGCCGUACGGGGAUCUCUGAGGGAAGUGAGCUUGGUGUGUUGGGAGCCCGUAAAGAUGGAAUAAUGGGUCUUAGUGUUUUGGAGCCACACACCUCGCACUCCUGGCUCUGUGAUGGCAGACUCCUUUGCCUCCAAGAUCCCAGCAAUGGCAACAACUGGAAGAUCUUUAGAGAAUGUUGGAAGCAGGGACAACCUGUCUUGGUGUCAGGCAUACAUAAACGAUUGAAGCCUGAGUUGUGGCGUCCUGAGGCCUUUAGUGAGGAGUUUGGGGACCAGGAUGUAGACUUGGUCAACUGCAGGAACUGUGCCAUCAUUUCUGAUGUGAAAGUGCGAGACUUUUGGGAUGGCUUCCAGAUCCUCUCCAAGCGACUGAAAGACAGUGACGGCAACCCAAUGGUAUUGAAAUUAAAGGACUGGCCUCCAGGAGAAGACUUCAGGGAUAUGAUGCCAACACGGUUUGACGAUUUGAUGGAAAACCUCCCCUUACCUGAGUACACUAAAAGGGAUGGCCGGCUAAACCUUGCUGCACGUCUACCCAACUUUUUUGUACGACCAGAUCUAGGACCCAAGAUGUACAAUGCUUAUGGACUGAUCUCGACAGAAGACAGGAAGGUGGGCACCACCAACCUUCAUCUUGAUGUGUCGGAUGCUGUCAAUGUCAUGGUUUAUGUUGGAAUACCUCAAAGAGAAGGAGACAUGGAGAAAGAAGCAGAUAUCAAUGGACGCAAAGAGGUCAUGACAACGAUUGAGGAGGGAGAUGUGGAUGAAAUGACAAAGAGGAGGGUGUACAAUGGAAAUGAGAAACCCGGAGCUCUCUGGCACAUCUAUGCGGCCAAGGACGCAGAGAAGAUCAGAGAACUGCUCCGCAAGGUGGGAGAGGAGCAAGGUCAGGAGAACCCUCUCGACCAUGAUCCCAUUCACGAUCAGAGCUGGUACUUGGAUCAGGUGCUCCGCCGCCGACUCUAUGAAGAAUACGGUGUGCAGGGCUGGGCCAUUGUGCAGUUCUUGGGCGAUGCUGUUUUUAUCCCUGCUGGAGCGCCACACCAGGUGCACAACUUGUACAGUUGUAUCAAGGCAGCUGAGGACUUUGUGUCUCCAGAGCACGUGAGACACUGUUUCCGAUUGACACAGGAGUUCCGACAUCUUUCUACCACUCAUACGAACCAUGAAGACAAGCUACAGGUGAAAAACAUCAUUUAUCACGCAGUGAAGGACGCCGUCGGCACGCUGAAGUCCCAUGACCCGAAAUUAGCCCGCCCGUAGUCAUUGACUGGUGUGCCGUGAUGACUAGCCUCCCAAGACCACUUCACACCAUCUCAUAAGAUCUUUUCAUACGCAUCUACAUUACACACAAACACACACACACACACGCACACUAACACACACACUGCAGCGUGAGGCAUCAAGUGUAUAAUGUCAAAUUUGGGAGAAGGGUUCAACCUGGUUUUGUGCUUUUCAGGGCGCCAAUGAAGGAAGUCCUUUAUCGCUGUCGCACAGACAAACUUGUCUAGCUUUUUUUUUUCUUUUCAAUUUGUUUUGAUUAACUCUGUAUUUAAAGUCAUUGUGUUUGUUUUGUCGUUUCCAUUGUAUAUGUACAAUGUGCAAGUAAGGGAGGUAAAAGCUGACGUGCCUUCGAAGCAGAUGUUCAGCAACCAUAUAAGAAACUGCUAUGUGCGUUCCAGACUCAUGUUUCUAUUUUAAUGACAUCAGUGUAUUUCAAUAGAUGCAAGGAUUUGUAGAUUUUUGUUGUUGUUCUUGCAGUUUUCAAACUGGGUGCUUUUACCCUCAGUGGCUGAAAGUGUAUUUGUGAAGCAGCCAAUGAAGGAAGCAGACCAAAGUUUUGUAUUUUUAGUUUUCACUUUAAGAAGUCUUUUCUUUUGUACACCCCCUUUGUCAUUGCACAAGUAAUGAUCAGGAGGAUUUCAUAGAAGAGGCUUUUUUUUGGUUACUAUGUUUCACAGGCUGAAUAACUGCAGAUUUUCAAAAACAUUGUUCUAAAAUCACAUUUGCAGCUGAACAGAACUACUGGCCAUUAACAUUGUAUCAAUAUAUAUUGAUCUUAGCAGUCUGUUUGAUUUUUCACAAUAAAGUUAAGAAAAAUG